AUGCCCAAGGCAAAAGCCGCGAAAGCACCGAAGGAGAAGAAGGCGGACGAUCCGAACAAGUCGGCGCCCGGGGCUGGGAAAGCUGAGAAGAAGAAGGAGACGGGUCUCGGUUUAUCCACCAAGCGCGACGAGGAUUUCGGCGCGUGGUAUUCGCAAGUGGUCGUCGCGGGAGAUCUCAUCGAUUAUUACGAUAUUUCUGGUUGCUACAUCUUGAAGCCGUGGGCGUACGCGCAAUGGGAGUACUUGAAAGAAUUCUUCGAUCGCGAGAUCAAAGAGCUCGAGGUGGAAAACUGCUACUUCCCCAUGUUCGUCUCGGCGAGCCGAUUAGAAGCGGAGAAGGACCACAUCGAAGACUUCGCCCCGGAAGUUGCGUGGGUUACUCGAAGCGGAAACACCGAUCUCGAGGUCCCGAUCGCGGUUCGCCCGACAUCAGAGACGGUGAUGUACCCGCAUUACGCGCAAUGGAUUCGUUCGCACAGAGACUUGCCUUUGCGAUUAAACCAGUGGUGCAACGUCGUGCGCUGGGAAUUUAAGCAUCCAACUCCGUUCAUUCGUUCGCGCGAGUUCUUGUGGCAAGAGGGACACACCGCUUACAGUAGCAAAGCGGAAUGCGACGUCGAGGUGCGUCAAAUCUUGGAGCUCUACCGUCGAGUGUAUGAAGAAUAUCUGGCCGUGCCCGUCGUUCCGGGUAAGAAAUCUGAAAAGGAAAAGUUUGCCGGUGGAGAUUACACUACUACGGUCGAAGCGUACGUGCCGGGAUCUGGUAGAGGCGUGCAGGGUGCGACGUCACACUGCUUGGGCCAAAACUUCGCGAAAAUGUUCAACAUCGAGUACGAAGACGCGAAGGGUGGGCGCUCUUUGGUGUGGCAAAACUCGUGGGGCUUCACCACGAGAACGCUUGGUGUCAUGUACAUGGUGCACGGCGAUGACGACGGCCUCGUGCUGCCGCCAAAGGUCGCGCCGGUGCAGGCGAUCGUCAUUCCAAUCCCUAAUAGUAAGCUUUCGGACGAGGCCAAGCAGAAGAUGGACGAAAUCGCGACUGGCAUGUGCAAGUCGCUCAAGGCCGCUGGCGUGCGAUCCAAGCUCGAUAACCGCGACAACUACACGCCAGGUUGGAAGUAUAACCACUGGGAACUGAAGGGGGUGCCGAUGCGCGUCGAAUUCGGCGCGCGCGACUUAGAAACUGGCACGUGCGUGAUCGCCAGACGUGACACUCGCGAGAAGGAAACGGUCAAAAUCGAAGAUUUGACUAAGCGAUGCUCCGAGUUGUGCGAACAAAUCCAAAAGGACAUGUUCGAGCGCGCUAGGAAGAUUCGCGACGAAAACAUCGUCUCUCUCACGUCUUGGGACGGCUUCAUCGAAGCCUUGGACGCCAAGAAGCUCAUCAUGACACCGUGGUGCAACACCAAGGACAGCGAAGAGCUCGUCAAGAAGAAGUCUACCGCCGAGUCCACGGGCGGUGCGGCGAAAACGCUGUGUAUCCCGUUCGAGCAACCCGCGCUCGAAGCCGGCACCAAGUGCUUCAUCACGGGCGAACCCGCCACAUGCUGGGUUCUCUGGGGCCGAUCCUACUAGAUAAUCGCCGCGCGAGUGCGCG